AUGUGUGAAUACAAAACACGCCGCAACCAAAGAAGGUAUAGUGAGUGCGAGCGGCAGUCGGCGAAAGAGGUUGGCGCUGGCCGCGGCGUGCGCGUGACGCAGUUGUGGUCCGCAGACGCGUGCGGGGGCGUCAUCGACGCCACCAACGGCACCAUCAGCAGCCCGUCCUUCCCCGAGGAGUACCCCAGCAACAAGAACUGCAUCUGGGAGAUCAUCGCCCCGCCUCAAUACCGCAUUACGCUCAAUUUCACCCACUUCGACCUCGAGGGCAACAACGUAGUAGGGGUGUUCCAGCAAGAGUGCGAGUAUGAUAGUGUAGAAGUGUAUAGCAAGCUGGGAGAUGACAUCAAAAGGAAACAUGGUAUAUUUUGUGGUUCUCGCCUACCUCCACUAAUUACAUCUGAAGGAAACAGCCUGAGAUUGGAAUUUGUAUCAGAUUCUUCCAUUCAGAAAUCUGGUUUCGCUGCCAUAUUCUUUACUGACAUAGACGAAUGUGCAAUUAACAAUGGUGGUUGUCAACAUGAAUGUCGAAAUACCAUUGGAUCAUAUGCUUGUUCCUGUCAUAAUGGAUUCAUACUCCAUGAUAAUGGUCAUGACUGUAAAGAGGGCGGUUGUAAGUAUGAUAUAACAGCACCUUCAGGGCCCAUUUCAAGUCCUAACUAUCCUGAUUAUUAUCCUGGCAGAAAAGAAUGUGUCUGGCAUUUCACCACAACUCCAGGGCAUCGAAUAAAACUGACAUUCAAUAGAUUUGAGUUGGAACCUCAUCAAGAAUGUGCCUAUGACCAUAUAGUCCUAUACGACGGAGAUUCGUCAGAUGAGUACACACUUGGAAGAUUUUGUGGCUCUAAAAUGCCUUUCCCAAUAUUAGCUUCUGGUAAUCAAAUGCUGAUGGUUUUCAAAUCAGAUGCAUCAGUGCAACGCAAAGGAUUCUUUGCAACACAUAGUACAGCAUGUGGUGGUCACCUGCGUGCCACAAGGCGCGUUAAGCAUCUAUACUCUCAUGCCAAAUACGGAGACCAUAAUUAUGAAAAUGGAGCCAGCUGUGAUUGGACCAUUGAAGCUGAUCCAGGGAAAAAUGUCCACUUGACUUUUCUCACUUUUGAUGUGGAAGAGGAACCAGAAUGUGCAUAUGAUGCGGUGGAAGUGUUUUCUGGGCUUGAUUCAAGUGGUCCUUCAUAUGGAAAGUUUUGUGGAAAUUCGCAGCCUAUGCAGCAGUGGAUCAGCAAGACAGUGAUGAAAUACCAAUGUUUUAGGAACAUAAAAUAUACACUACGCCAGUUAACUAAUAAUUUUCCUCGUGAUUUUCUUAAUGAUGACUGUGAUCUAGUUCUGAAUAUUGGGUACAAGUUUCAUGUAGGUAAUGAGGACCAUUCAGAAAAUGAAAACAAGUGA